AUGUCCCCCGUCGAACACAGCCCAAGGAGGAGGCCAAUAGGUCUCGAAUGGCGCUCCUCCUCGUGGGUGAUCACAGCCGUCAUUGGAUUAGGCAUCGCCGUAGAUCUACUCGUCUAUUCGAUCAUCAUUCCUAUAAUGCCAUUCCAGCUCGAACUGCUAGGGCAUUCCAACGUAUCUGCGCUGACCGGGUGGUUACUUUUCGCAUAUUCUGGGGGGUUGGCUCUCUCUACCAUACCGAUCGCCAUGCUAUCUGAACGCUACAAGGCCCGACAAAUGCCCUUAAUUUUCGGCUUGUUUGUUCUCAUCGCCUCGCAAGUCCUGCUUAUGGAAGCACCGAAUUAUCCUGUAAUGUGUGUUGCGCGCUUCUUUCAGGGAGCUGGCUCCGCCAUGGUUUGGGUAGUUGGACUAGCACUUCUAUGCGACUCUUCUCCUCCCUCUAUGGUUGCUUCACAAUUAGGGUUCGCGAUGAUGGGCAUGUCGUUAGGGAAUGUGGUGGGUCCUCCUGUGGGCGGCCUUCUGUACAGUCGUUUCGGCUUCCGGGGACCGUUCGUCUUUGGCAUCGCCGCCACAGUUCUGGAUCUAAUCGGUCGACUGAUCAUUAUCGAACGUAAGGAAGCCCUACUAUGGGGUGUUGAUCCAGCAAGAGUGGCAGACGUCGUGCAGGAAUCGGACCAUUCACCUUCGCCGCCAAUAUCUGAGGCGGAAGUGGACGUACAAGCUCAAGUGCUUCCGCCCUCUGAUGUCGAAGCUCGCAAGGAUGAAGCCACUACAAAAGAAUCCACGCCGUCUCCUGUCGCCGAAGAGAAUCCUCCCGUGAAACAUCUUUCAUCGCUUGCGGUCGUGGCCAAACUAGCAACUUCCUCGAGAGCGGCGGUUGCUUUGAUCAUCAUUUUCGUCACUGGGAUCGUAUAUGCUAGCCAAGAGCCAGCAAUCCCGGUCCACCUCCAACGGGUCUGGGGUCUUAAUCCCCGGACUGUCGGCAUUGUAUUUGUUGCUGCUGUCCUCCCCACUAUUUUCUCCGCUCCCCUAACCGGGUACCUCACCGAUAAGAACGGAGCUGAAUGGCCGACGACGCUCACUUUGCUGUUGGCUCUUCCCUGGUGGGGAGUCAUCAUUAUAGAAUACAAAUUGGCGCUCUUCAUCGUAGCCUUUGCGCUUGAAUCGUUCUUCACAUCGGGCGUCGUGUCUCCUUUGACGGCUGAAUUAGCGGCCGUAUCUGGCGACUUAGACGGCAUAGGCUAUGCCCAUGUCUACGGCGCCUUCACCCUUGUGUACGGCAUCGGGACUGCAGUUGGGCCCAUCGUCGGCGGUCAAUUCCUCGCCAUCGUUCUCGGGAUGGCACAAGAGGGCCUCGCGCCCGACAGAUACGCCAACCUGAUCCGGUCCGACUUCUGGUUCUGCGAUGGCAACAUCGUUAUCGUCGCUGGGCGCGCGGCUUUCAAAGUCCAUCGGGGUCAACUUGAGCGACAUUCCGAAGUCUUUAGCGACCUUUUCUCUGUGCCCCAACCGAAGGAUCAGGAACUAGUUGAUGAUUGUGGAGUUGUCGAGCUUCAGGAUUGUCCGUCCGAUGUUUUCUAUUUUCUGAGUGCUCUCUACGACGGCUUAUACUUCAAGAAAUCCCGUGCAUCCGACUUUCCUGUUAUCGCCGCUAUCCUUCGUCUUUCCACAAAAUACCUUGUCGACCAUCUUCGCCAACGAUGCAUUGCCCGUUUAGACGCAGACUGGUCGCUGACUCUUGCUGAAUGGGAUCUUCGGGAGCAACGAUGCACAGACGAGAACGGAAGGUAUAUACCACGCGACCACUGCGCCCACCCCAUCCUCGUCAUCGAGCUUGCCCUCGACAUGAACCUACCCUCUAUCCUCCCCGCCGCUCUAUACGACUUAUCAAGAUACGGCCCAAGCAAAAUCAUGGCUGGCUGCUCGUAUCCGACAACGACCUACGACCGUCUGGUUAGUCAACUCACCGCGGCGCCUCUACCGCUAGAGCGGUCGGUCAACCUUUCUCGCGACCUCCUCUGCCGAACCCUUCGUGGACGUGAAGCUACGCAGCGGUACAUGGCGGGGUUCAUUGCUCGAGAGCUCCACUGCCGCGCGCCAGCGACGGACUGUCUCAACCGGAUGGAGAAGGAGAACCCGAGUCGCCAGUGUCACGAAUCGUUCUACUUCAUCAUGCUGAACAUCUUGCGUUCGGUCGGCGGGAUCGCCUGCGGCCGCGACGCGGAUCCGCUUUACACCCUUGUUCAGGCAACGGAGAUGCUCACAAGGACCGACUUCUCGGAUGGACAACGUCAGUGCGGGUUGAAACUUUGCAAGGCUUGCAAGGCUGACUUUGCAGCGUCGGCGUCGAAGGCGAGGGAGGAGGUUUGGUUGAUGCUGCCGCAAUGGUUUGGUCUGGUCGAUGGCGAGACGCCGACUUCGGUGCUUGACUUGGACUGA